UGAUUCCGAGUAUGCGCUCCAGCUGUCUGUUUGUAUAUUCACACAUAGAAAAGUAGCUUACUUAAUGUGAACAUGCUUCUGUCAUGUGGAAGUAGAUUUGUGGUAACACCUGCUGCAUCCCCCGAACCGCCCGUGCUCGAAUUUACGUCACGUGGAUCAGUUGACAGUUCGUAUGAUAUCGAAUAUUGUGAGAAGACCAGAGUUCAAAAACCUAAAAGAACAAGUGUGCAGUUUGAUACCUGUGAAAUUGAGACUCAAAUUUACAAAACAAAUACAAGGAUAUUAUUUCCCAACCCAAAUGCCAAAAGAACAAUCCACAGAAACGGGAUGAUAAUUCGGAAAAAUGCCGGACGUCGGUGACUACUGAUGUCGCUACGGAUGAUUUGACGGGUCAGCAAGUCGCGGAAGGAAGGGAUGGAUGACGGCAGGGCACGGGGGAUGCGAAGGAUAAAACAGAAAAAGAGGGAGAGAUCCUGGUCGGUCGACUAUUCCGUAGACGGCACACUGUCCCGCAGGACACGUGAUUCGACGCUUUUGCGAAAUGUGUAACUCGGUGCUGUAACACUCCGCAACUUCGCCCCCGUUUCUUUCUUUCCUUUUUUUUUUUCUUAUUUUUUUAUUUCCGUCCACCCUGAGGCAACCACCAGAGGUUUUCCUCGUGUUCCCGAGGAUUCCCUUUCGUGCGCGCGGACACCGGCGCGCCUUUCCGGUCGCAACUUCCAGAACGAGUGACGCAAGUGAAGUGACACCGUCGAUAUAACAUUUGGACGGAUUCCGUCUACCAAAGAUUCAUCGUUAAUCGGAAACGAGUGAAAAUUAGCAAAGAUGUACGGCCUAAUUUUAGAAAACUUGUCUGAAUAUAUACGACAGGUAUACGGAGAAGACAGAUGGGAAGAGAUCCGACGACAAGCAGCCGUAGAUCAACCUAGUUUCAGUGUUCAUCAGGUUUACCCUGAAAACCUUAUACCAAGAUUAGCGAAGAAGGCUAUUCAGGUACUUGGCAUUACGGAAAAAGAAUUUUUCGAUCAGAUGGGUGUACACUUCGUAGGAUUCGUUGGACAGUACGGUUAUGAUCGUGUUCUUUCAGUACUUGGACGUCACGUAAGAGAUUUCCUUAAUGGAUUGGACAAUUUACACGAAUAUCUGAAAUUCUCCUACCCUAGGAUGAGAGCUCCUUCCUUUAUUUGUGAAAACGAGACGCGACAGGGGUUGACUCUCCAUUACAGGAGCAAACGACGCGGCUUCGUUUAUUACACGAUGGGUCAAAUAAGAGAGGUGGCUCGUCAUUUUUAUCACAAGGAAUUACAGAUUGAGCUGGUGCGAGAAGAAGUCCUUUUCGACACUGUGCACGUCACGUUUCAGCUCACCUUUGAUAACAGGGCUUUUACCCAAGCAUCGUUGACGAUGACGCGCGAAGAAAAGCACCUACCGAUUGGAGCUUCCGUUUUGUUUGAGAUAUUUCCUUUUUGCAUAGUUUUCGGGUCAGACAUGAUCGUAAGGAGUAUCGGAAAUUCCUUGAUGGUGAUACUGCCCGAUCUUGUUGGUAAAAAGAUAACGCAUUUUUUCGACCUCGUCAGACCCUUAAUUGCAUUUAAAUUUCAUUCGAUUUUAAAUAGAACGAAUAAUAUUUUUGAAUUGGUAACGGUGGAACCGAUUCUAACAGAACGACCAUCCGAUCGGCGAGGAAAUGAAAUUUUAUUAAGUGACGAACUCGAUUCGAUCGAUGACAGAACAUUACGAUUAAAAGGUCAAAUGAUAUAUAUGGAUAACUGGAAGAUGAUGAUGUACCUUGGUACUCCUGUCAUGCCGGAUUUGAAUGCAUUGAUAGCAACCGGUCUUUAUAUAAAUGAUUUAUCAAUGCAUGAUUUUAGCAGAGAUUUGAUGCUUGCUGGAACGCAGCAAUCAGUGGAACUAAAGUUAGCUUUAGAUCAAGAGCAAUUGAAGAGUAAAAAGUUAGAAGAGUCUAUGAGAAAGCUCGAUGAAGAAAUGAAACGUACUGACGAACUAUUAUAUCAAAUGAUACCCAAACAAGUAGCGGAUCGUUUGAGAAAUGGAGAAAGUCCCAUAGACACCUGCGAGAUGUUUGACAGCGUAUCAAUUUUAUUCUCGGACGUAGUCACAUUCACAGAGAUUUGCAGUCGAAUUACACCGAUGGAGGUGGUGUCUAUGUUGAACGCGAUGUACUCCCUUUUCGACACAUUAACCGAAAGGAACCGGGUGUAUAAGGUUGAAACAAUCGGGGAUGCUUAUAUGGUAGUAUCUGGUGCUCCGGUGAAAGAAAAUGAUCAUGCGGAUCGUGUCUGUGAUAUGGCACUCGAUAUGGUUGACGCGAUAACUAAUCUUAAAGAUCGCUCUACAGGUCUUCAUCUUCAAAUAAGAGUUGGAAUUCACAGCGGUGCUGUGGUGGCUGGUAUCGUAGGCUUAAAAAUGCCCCGAUACUGUCUAUUCGGUGAUUCGGUAAACACAGCGUCUCGAAUGGAGGCGACUAGUCAAGCGAUGCAAAUACACAUAUCUCAAUCAACGCGAGAACUGUUAUCGCCUUCGUAUAAAGUUAAAGAACGAGGAGAAAUUGAAGUGAAAGGGAAAGGUACGAUGAAAACAUAUUGGUUAAAAAAGAGAGAGCACAGGCCAUCGUUAACGAAAGGGAUCAUUAUUCAGGAACCACCCCAAUGGCACACAAGAAACACCGAGAAAAGAGUAUCAGCUAGUACGUCAGCUGCUUCCGCAGCAGCGAUUAUUUUCGAUAAUCAAAACUGUUUGGACACGUCUUCUAGAAGAGGUUCCAAGAUAGCUUCUCCAACGCCUACCGAUUCGACCUUUCUUCUUGAAACAGAAAGAAGAAUGUAUUCGCCUAUUACGUUUCAAGACGUUGCUCGCAGAUCUGUCGCGAAUUCACCGACGAAGAACAAUGAUUCUAGGGAAUGCAGGUCAAACUCAAUGGGAGCAGUAGUGACAAGGAACUCCGAGAUGUUCUCCCUUCUGAGCGACACGGAGGAACAUUUCCGACAGCACCGAGACAGUUUGUCUACUCGGGUAGAAAAUCAAACUGCGGUUAUCCAAUCGAAACCGGAAGUGAACACGAAUUCCAGUUCGUCGUCGGACGAAUCUCGCGAGGAACGGGCGUGUUCGGUCGAUAUAGAGGCUCCUAAACGAGAAAAGAACGACCAGUGCGAGAAGAGCAAAGAAUAUUAUUCGGCGUAUCAGAGCAGCGACAUCGGUAACUCCCAAUCGUUGACGCAACAGGACCAAUGUUGUCCUGGUUUCACUAUGUCGAAGAGCGGCAAAACUCGUCACCAAAACAAUGGCUGUAGCAUCGCUUAAAUCGUAUUUCGAAAGACCACGAAUGAACUCGUUAAUUUUGACUGAAAGUAAAUCCUCUACUUUCGUUGAACACUAGUAAUGAAUACUCUUCGAAUGAUUUGAAUGAUGGAGAUUGAAGAUGGUUGCUAGAUUAGGAAUAUGUUAAACCUUUGUCUGAGAGUGGAAUCUCUACUUUUCACUGAUGAGGAUAGCCAGGAAGAAGGCUACUUUAUUCUGAGUUUGUGAUUGUUCGAACAGGUGUGAAUCGUCGAAGGACUGUCAGUUUGAGAAGCAAUUUUUCGAAGAAGAUGCAACAUGUGAUAUAAUGUAUGGGAAACACGUUACGGACGAUUUAGAACAUUGUGAACAAAAUUCGUGUAAACGUAUAUUCGCUUUGAUUUAUUUGAAUAAUUACAGUGAAUGUUAAACUGGAUUUACACUGAUUGUGAGAUAUUGUGAAAAAUAAAAUAGAUAAAAUUUUUCAAUAUAAAAUAUUCGUAAUCCAGAUAUUCAAUAUCAAUCAUUU